UCUACCUGGAAAGAAAAGAGGGGAUUAAGCGCUGAUUAAGAAACUCUCGUCACUUUCCUGUCAUCUCCUGCGCACCCGUCGGCUCUCUCCGUUUGGCACUCCAGCGGUCCAAAGUCCUUCAGUCAUUUUGGUGGGACGGCGGGCUGAACUGAUCAACAAAGAAUUUUAUCCUAGAGAAACAUUUUUUGGAUUAUAAAGAGCAGAUGAUGCAGAUAUAGUCACAGGAGAAAUCUAUCAACAGCCCAUGCAGGCUGACAAAAGUGUUAUUUGUUCCCCGAAAACGGCACCUUUUUAAUGUGGACAGUGGAAACAAGACAAAAGUGGGGAUUUAAGAUCUGUGAUGAACUUUUGUCACUUGGCAUUAAGUGAGACGUCCACAUGAAGUGAAAUCCUGUGCUUUGUAGGGGGGACUUGAAAGAAGAUUCUUAAUCUGUAAGAAAACUGUAAAGCAUACUUCAUCCAAGACAACAAACAAUACCUCCACUCCCUCCUAAAUUAGCUGAAUUUGACACCGGCCCUCGUUUCAGCAUACUUUUAAUAAGCUCCGCUUUCACAACAGCCCUUUCAGUGCCAGUCAUGGUUUCUGUUUGAUGCUGAAAAUUAAAUUGAACUAGAAGACAACAGAGUCAACAAAGGUGAACCAGACAAAUAACUUGUGUUUUUUGUAGUAUGCCACCACAAUUCUGAGACAUCCAGAUUUUUGUGUGUGUUUCCUUAAACACUGUGGUGUGUAAAGGGUUCACCUUUUUAACCACAGGCUUUUAAAUAUCUUGUUCUUGGUCCCUUGGACAUCUUUAUCACUUCUCUGGGACCCCAUCAUCCGUUUUCUUCCCCCCUGGUUGUCUGCCAUUUUGCGUUUUCUCUCAUACUUAGCCCAGUGAUACCUUCUUCACCUUUCAUACCAUACUGGUUCUCUGAGAGGGUUCAUCCUGGCCGGCACUAUUCCAGCCAAAGGGGAAGAAGACUUCCUGACGCUGGCCGCUUCGCGGCUCAGCCGCAGGAAACGAGUCAUUGGAGCUGCUGUAGGUGUGGCCAUGGUUCUAAUACUGUUGGUAGCCAUUCCCUUGCUGGUCCACACAACCAAAGGGAGGAACACCGGAAACGCAGGGAGCCAUUAUGAAAUGCUUGGAAGCUGCAGGAUGGUAUGUGACCCAUACACGACGUCUCAGCCUGGCCAGGAGCUGACAGCUGUGUCUCCACCACCCCAGGAUUAUUCUGGGAAGAAGAUAAAGUCUGGGCUUCGUGGGCCUCCAGGGAUCCCAGGUCCUCCGGGAGCACGUGGACCCCCUGGAGAGCCAGGCAAACCAGGGCCACAGGGGCCGCCAGGUCCCGGUCCUGGUGGCUAUUCUCCCUCACUGUACACUCCCAAAAUCGCCUUUUAUGCAGGGCUACGCAAGCAGCAUGAGGGAAGUGAAAUAUUGAAAUUUGAUGAUGUUGUGACCAAUGUGGGCAAUUACUAUGAGCCCAGCACCGGAAAGUUCACAUGUCCUCUGCCUGGCAUCUACUUCUUCACCUACCAUGUUCUGAUGAGAGGUGGUGAUGGCACCAGCAUGUGGGCAGACCUGAAGAAGAACGGACUGGUAAGAGCCAGCGCCAUCGCUCAGGACGCUGAUCAGAAUUACGACUAUGCCUCCAACAGUGUGAUCCUGCAUUUGGACGUGGGCGAUGAGGUGUGUGUGCAGCUGGAUGGAGGGAAGGUCCAUGGAGGGAACACAAACAAGUACAGCACCUUCUCCGGCUUCCUUAUCUACCCAGACUGAAUUGAAUCCUGGCUCAUGGAGAAAGGACACUCUCAUACUGUACACAUAGACAUGUUCACACUUAUACAGGCAUGUACGAACGCAGAUUAAUGCACAUAAACAGACGUGUACAUGCACAAUGAAUGCAUGUGCACACAAAUACAUCACACAUAUAUGCAACAGACACACGCACACACACACACACACGCUGAGAUCACAAGAGACUGCAGAAGUCUGGAUAGAGCGGAAAUAAGAGAUAAUUGGAAUUAAGUUGUAUGAUUUUGAGCCAAUCAUUAUGAUCAGCUGAAUUUUCUGGUGCCCAUUGUGUGCAAAUUUCAGAAUAUGUAAAAUAUAGGUGCGCAUAAUAAUUGCACGUCGUGGCUCUGAAAUAUCAAAAAUACUAAUUAUAAAUUACUAAUAAUAAUGUGUUUCGUAUUAAGUGACAUUGUGAGAACUGCAAUAUAACAAACACCAUCAGUCUAAUUGUUUUUUUAAUGCAACAAUGGUGUUGAGGGUGCCAUUAAUCAAGAUGACUAAACUGAGGCAAAUGCACACCUACUGUAUUCCAGUCUUUACCUCUACAAUAUUUACCUUACACAUUUCUGCUCUCCAUUCCAGUGACCUUUGAUCGAUUGGCCUGAGUAUAUUUUCAUCACUGUAAACAUUUUUCUUCCCUAAAGUGAAUUACGCCACAUGAAAUUAAUUAAAUGCCUGUUGUGAUUCACCCUGCAUCGGGGCAGUACUGAUGAAAAUAAGGCCAUCUGAAUAAACACAGAUGUGUGACCUUUUCAUUCCUGUUACCAUCAUGACACAGGAUAUCACACAGCAAGAUAAAACUAAACAUUAACAUAACAAGGCAACGCAUUUUAUGAAUGGCACUCGUGUGUGGUGAUGUUUUAAUUGCCGAGUGCAUUAUUGAAAAUAUUGUGUGUGUGGGGGUAUGUCAGUAUGUACGAGUGGAUAUACAGAUACUGUAAGGCAGUGAAAAGCAACAGCUGCGGUGUUUUACUUCACAUUUAUUAUUGUAAAAUACAUUACAGACACAUUACUGUAAUUACACUGCCAUACCUACUUAGUACUUUAUUUUUGAGAGACCCUGUCAAAGUCAUACCAUAUGUACAGUAUAAACAGUAAUCAUGGGAUGGGCUAUCUGGUAUG